GAAAAAUAAUGCUUGAAAACUAACAAUACGUGUGGGGGCGGUCUCUUCGAUUCAAUUCCGUAAAUCAAGAGCCUUUUCGUUCUUCCAUAAAUUUCUUCAAUUCAAUUCGUUAUCGCUUUCUCAACUACUAUCGAUUUCUUCAUCUUCUUCGUAUCGUUAUCCAUUUACAUACAUAGAUUUAGGUGUAUAUACGUGUAUACGUCUUUGAUUUUCAUCGUUUUUACUCUACAAAACCCUAACAAUUUGAAUUUGAUUGUAUAAACUGUUCAUUUCUUUUAGUUUCUGUUAGUCUAUGAAAUUCUUUGUAUCGUGAAUACGUCAACUAGAACAAAUCCCUCGUUAUUUUUUGCUGAGGGAUUCGAAUUUGUUGGUUUUAUGUCUUGAUCGGGUUAAGGUGUUAAAAGUACCGAGAAUCGGUUUUUUGUUUGGGGAAAGAGGUUGAAGUGUGUCGUGCAAGUAAAUUUGGAUAUUUCUGUUGUGUAGCGAUUGAUUGUCGAGACACCUGUGAGCUGAUUCGGGAAUAAGGCUAUUUUAUGUGCUUUUACAAGGAAACAGACUUGAGGCUAUGAUUAGUUUUUGAGGAUUCUGCUGGGUUCAUGUGAGUUUUGAGGAUGAGGAAGAUCGACCAGAAGCAACGACAAGGUGGUGGCGGUGGUGGUCGGAUUGGAAGUAACAAUGGGUUCAUACCGUCUUCUUUUCGCUCGCUUUCUAGCUACUUGAGGAUUGUGUCCUCUGGUGCAUCCACCGUUGCAUCCACUGUUCGUUCUGCUGCUUCAGCUGCAUCCACCAUUGUCGACCGUGAUAAUGAUGCAGUUCCCGAUCAGGUGCUAUGGGCCGGGUUUGACAAACUUGAAUGUGAGGGAGAUAUCUCACGCAGAGUGCUCUUGCUAGGGUAUCAAUUUGGUUUUCAAGUGUGGGAUGUUGAAGAUGCCAACAAUGUGCGUAACAUAGUCUCACGCUAUGAUGGUGCUGUUUUUUCUAUGCAAUUACUGCCAAAACCAAUUGUCCCAAAGCAUUCCCAAGUUGAAUAUGCAAACAGUCGCCCUCUUCUGGUAAUUUGUUCAGAUGGGUCCUUCUCUGCAGGUGGAAAUCCUCCUGGUAAUGGUAACAUAAAAAAUGGUCAUGAUCAAGUAAAUGGUGGCUCUGUGCCUACUGUGGUAUGGUUCUAUUCAUUAAAAUCUCAAUCUUACAUAAAAGAAUUGAAGUUUAGAUCGGUUGUUUACUCAGUAAGAUGCAGUUCACGUAUUGUUGCUGUUUUACAAGCAGCACAGGUGCAUUGUUUUGAUGUUGCAACAUUACAAAGGGACUACACAAUCCUCACAAAUCCAAUAGCAACAACCCCUUCAAGAUUUGAAAAUAUAGGUUUGGGGCCUCUUGCUGUUGGUCCUAGAUGGAUUGCUUACAGUGGUAGUAUUGUUGCAUUACCAAAUACACGUGUCAGCCCACAGCAUCUCACACACUCCAAAACUUUUUCUGCUCCUGGUUCAAAUGGGAGCAUUGUUGCCCACUAUGCAAAACAAUCAAGCAAGCAACUUGCAGUUGGAAUUGUUACUCUUGGUGAUAUUGGUUAUAAGAAGCUUUCUAGAUAUUACUCUGAUUUUUUGCCAGAUGGCAACAUUUCUCAACAACUAAACGAUCGUAAAGAUCGUGUAGCAUCUAAUGGACGUUUACCUGAUGCAGAAAAUGUUGGAAUGGUGAUUGUGAGAGAUGUUGUCAGCAAAUCAGUAAUUGCUCAGUUUAAGGCACAUGAUAGUCCUAUAGCAUCACUAGCUUUUGACCCUAGUGGGACCCUUUUGGUGACUGCUUCUGUUCAUGGUCAUAACUUUAAUGUUUUUCAUAUCAUGCCACGGGUUUCAAGUAACUCAUCUGGAUCUGAAACUAGUGCAUCUUACAUCCAUCUUUACAAACUCCAACGUGGCUUUACAAAUGCUGUCAUACAGGACAUAAGUUUUAGUGUUGACAGCAACUGGAUAAUGAUAAGUUCAUCAAGAGGCACUAGCCAUCUAUUUGCUAUAUCCCAAGAAUGCUUGAAAUAUGAUGCAACAAACAAGUCUUCAGAUUCUGGAUUAUCACCUAAUUCUGGACCACAGACUCUUUCUGCUGUUAGCAGAAUAAGGAGUGGAAACAGUGGUUGGAAAAACGUGGUGACAGGAGCUGCUGUAGCUGCAUCUGGGAGGGUGAAUAAUUCACAUUCUGGGGUUAUUGCUUCUACUUUUUAUAAAUGCAAGGGUAACAGUAACAAUACGGGUUCAGAUUUAAGUUCUUUAAUGGCAAAGUACCACAUGUUGGUUUUUUCUUCUUCGGGCUGUGUGAUACAGUAUGCACUUCGGUUAUCAUCUGAGAACAGACGGGAGAGAGAAGAAAAUUUUGACAUAUAUGGCGAAAAUGGGCAUACAGAUAGCAGGAGGGUAUUUCCGGAAAGAAUCGAAAACGAAAAUAGUGAUUAUUUCGAAGGUAUGUGUAAGGUCAAAAAAGACAAUGUUAGCCUUGAGGAAAGGAAUCAUGUGUAUAUAUCCGAAGCUGAGUUACAGAUGCACCAAUCUAAGAUCCCGUUAUGGGCAAGAGCUCAGAUAUAUUUUCAAUCUUUAAAAAUGGAUGAUGUCAUAAUGGAAGAGGAAAAUAAUUCAAAAGGUGAAUUUGAGAUAGAGAAGAUUACAACACACACAGUUGAAGCAAGACCAAGACAUUUGGUGCCAGCUGUCGAUCACUUCCGAGGACCUAUAGUUCAAACAACACGAGUUCCGAGUUUAGAUUACAUCAGUGGUGGGGCCACCCCUCAAAUCUCUGUUUCGAAUGGUGGUGAUCCAAUGUACUUGAUGCCAUAUGCUGAUGUCAGCGAAGGUGGAGCUGAUAAUGGUGAUGAAGAAAAUGGGGUGGAUGCUAGUCAAAUGCCAAAAGGUGUUGUAAAUAGUGACAGCUGUCCGAUAUCUGACACUCAACCAGAGACUGUAAAUAAUAGAGAUUGCUCGGGGAGUGUGACAAGGAGGUUGAUUAAAGGUGGGGACAGGAUCUUUGUAUGAUGGUUUCUAUUGUAAAAAAAGGAGGCAUGUUGAGGGGUUGAGUUUACUUGUUAUAUUUGUGGGGUUGUGGCGAUUGUAUCAAAGGUUUGUUGUUCUGAUGACUUGUGUAAAUAACACUUUGAAUAAUCAUGAAUAAUGAUGUCUUGGAUAGUAGCAUCAUAUCAUUUGCAACUCUUUGAUUUUGGGUUCUUCUC